ACUGGCGAAUCAUUUUGCAAACAAAUGCCACAGGUCUCCUCUCAGACUGGAGAGCUUGCAAGGUCAGUGUCAGCAGAUCUGACCCUAAAAAUAGACCCUCUGAGCCAGUCUGGAGGUUUCGUGUAAGGCUGCUACACACAUACGGACCGGUACCUCUUAACCCAGCCAGGCGCCCAAGGCACUCAGAAAGGAAAGAAAAUCCCUUGACUCCAAAAUGGCAUCAGGAGAUACAAAGACAAGCCUCAAGGACGCCUACCCCUCUGCCAAGAGGCUGUCCCUGCAGGAGGAGGAGGAGGGAGAGGUUGAGGACUACUGCACCCCUGGACCCUUCGAGCUGGAGCGCCUCUUCUGGAAGGGCAGCCCCCAGUACACACAUGUCAACGAAGUCUGGCCCAGACUCCACAUUGGUGAUGAGGCCACAGCGCUGGACCGCUACGGGCUGCAGAAGGCGGGCUUCACGCACGUGCUGAACGCCGCGCACGGCCGCUGGAAUGUGGACACCGGGCCAGACUACUACCGCGACAUGGCCAUCGAGUACCAUGGCGUCGAGGCCGACGACGUGCCCACCUUCGACCUCAGCGUCUUCUUCCACUCGGCAGCCGCCUUCAUCGACUCCGCUCUCCGAGACGACCACAGUAAGAUCCUGGUUCACUGUGCCAUGGGCCGAAGCCGGUCGGCAACCCUGGUCCUGGCCUACCUGAUGAUCCACAAGAACAUGACCUUGGUGGACGCCAUCCAACAAGUGGCUAAGAACCGCUGUGUCCUGCCCAACCGGGGCUUCCUGAAGCAGCUCCGAGAGCUGGAUAAGCAGCUGGUGAAGCGGCGGCGGCAGGCCGGGCCAGGGGACAGCGAGCUGGGGAGGUAGGGGGCCCGCCCCGGGGAGGAUCGGGGACCCUGGCGCCCAGAGCAGAGGAAGGCUGACGGGCGUCUGCUCGGAGGCUUUGUGGGUCAUGGAGAUGGGACAGUGAAAUUAAAAGGCUGGGUACAGGGAGGAUGCCCAGCUGUCUCCUCCAGGUCUAGUUCUCCAUCUCACGGUGGGCCAGGCCGGCUGCAGGGGACCUGGGUUCCGAUGAGUACCACUGUGGUCUCCUAUCCUUUAAGUUGGAAGCAGAGAGGUAAUUUUUUUUUUAAAUGUGUGGGCAUUGUGUUGUGAUUAAAUGUUUAGCUCUGAAAGAAAAAAGAAAUCACAUUCUUAUAAAAAAAACCCAAAAAACCUUAAAAUAGAACUUGAUUUUUUAACCACAGAAAACUGCCUGACAAGCUGUGUUACAAGACGGGCUUUACCACUUAGGAGGAGCCUCAGAGCAUCCAUGUUUCUUUGUCCAUGGUGGCGUGUGUGUGUGUGUGUGUGUGUGUGUGUGUGUGUGUGUGUGUGUAAGGGGUGGCAUGGAGUCCCUUCCUUACAUCACAGCCAGAGCUGUCACCACCCAGAUGAGCUGUGAUCAGUUUGGACAAGGAAGAGUGUAACCUCACAAUUUGGGAAAAAAAGAGAGACAGGAGACACUUAAUUUGAGGGGACCUGAACGCCUCUUUCCUUUUAGCUCCAGGAAGGGCACAAUGGUGGUUCGUUUUCACUCACACCCGGAACUAUUUGCAAAGGUCCAGUUUGCAUGGAACUGGAGGGCUGGGCAGCCAGGUGAGCGCAGGUGUGAGCUGGUCUCUCUCUUGCGAGUGACGUCAGCACCACGAGGGUCCUUUUUCACUCAAGGAAACAGCAGCAGCAUAGCAGUGUGGUGGCUUCCAGAAGCAGGAGCCCGGAAAAGAUGGAACCUAGAGAGAGGCCUGCUGAGAGAGACCAGCCGUGGAGCACCACCAACGAUGGUGUCCUGGAGAGAGCAGAGAGGACCUGAGACCUUGGGGGAAUGGCAGGAAGGAGCCCAUGCUUCCUUCCAGUGUGAACUAGAGGGUCCAAGAGGAUGUUCUUGCUGGAGGGAUGCUCAAGUCCAGGGAAGCUGGGUAAAGCCAGGUCACUGUGACAUCCGGGGGAGCUGUCUUGCUUUCGUGCUACUUGUAGUUUGGGACCUUGUGGUUAGGCUGGUCUCCUGGGACUCUCCUGAGAAUGCUCUGGGUGUCACCUUUGUCCAGGAGGAGGCUGGGUCCUCAUCUUAACAUAGGCAUGGGAGAUGACAGUUACAAUAUUGGCCUUGUAAUAAAACAAACAAACAAACAAACAAAAAACCCAAAACCUUGCUGAAAAGUUGAAACCCAACACACACAUAGUCACCUGGUCUUGCCAGGCAGCAAGCCUGAAGUGGAGACAGUGCUCAGCUGAGAUGCCUGGCUGGAUGAACCCCAAGUCAUGAUGGUGAGGGAAAGAACCCAGGAGUAGCAUACCUACCAAGGACUGACAUGCUUGAGGACUCAAAUUUGGUGUCCUGGGAGCCACAGGCUCUUGGGAGAGGGACCUGGAGUCAGAGUAGUCCGGGCUUUUCAUCAGAGCAUCCUGAUGACCCCUUCUGAACUCAGGUCUCUCUCUAUUAGUCUUAGCCAUCCAGUGUCCAGACAAGUCAGUAUUUCCAUUUUCAUGAUGCACUUGCGUUGUGAACUCAUAUGCACGAGACGUAGGACAUACAUAGUUCCAUUGAGGUCUUCUUGAGCCACUGACCCGGUACCUCCUCCCAUACCCCACCUCUCUGUGGAGUAGAGUCCUGUCGAAGCAGAGAACCUAAUGUUGCAUGCCUGGACUCUUCCUGGUGACUCCUGGAACUUAGAGGUAAGAGAAAGGAGGAACAGAAAUGUUAGCAACAGUGUUUAAAGACUUCAUAAGCAAUGUUUGCACUCAGUUAAAUAGCAUUAUCGAGAUUUAGCACAUUCCCAAACCUGGGUUAAGGGGCCAAAAGCAAAUUAAAACAGGCAGAUGGUACUAAAAUGCAGCGUGGGACAUGGGAGAUGAGGUAACCAACCGGUGGAGAAGCCCACUCUAGCCGAGUUAGUGGGGUGUUGGGAAAGAAUAUGCUUCCAAGUGUGCAGUGAAACAGAGAGGAACCGGUCAAGGCCGUCUCUUAUCACAAAAAGUGUGCCUCAGCCCAAACGGGGUUGGCAAGCAGCGCAGAGGGCCAAGGUGGACUCCAUCUUUUACCCUUAAUGCAAGUGGGAGCUGGGCUUCCUCGGUGGCUGAGGUUCAGCCCCAUAGUCUACCCUGGACUGGCUAAUUUGGAAAGAGGAAAAUGGUUAAGUUCCAGGAAUGUAAUAAGUUUUACAAGGUAAAGGAGAUGAAAAGAUUUGAAUAAAAGUUUUACAAGGUGGGGUAGGUAACUCAGGGAAUAUUGGCUCUUGGUGGGCUAGCCACCUUUAAUAGAAAAAAAAAAAAGCCAUUUCUCACAGAGAAACCUUUAUUGAACGGGGAGGGUCUUGAGAGAACAGCUGACUGUGUAGCCCAGGUUGGUUUUGAAUUCAUGACCUAAGCUGGAGAGUUGGCUCAGCGGUUAAGAGCACCC